UAUCACCUAUCUUGUCAACCUAGCUUCCAGUACCUUGUUUUUCAGCAUAAAAGCUCUGAUAAAUGCACUGUACGCAUGGAAAACAAACAAAGCUAGUGACUAGCUGGUGAACAUAGUGGAGCUUAGCAGCUAAAGAGACAUUUCCCCACAGGAGUUGGUGGAAAACCAGGAGAGUGAAUAUCGGACAGCUUGACUACUUGUUUAGUUUUCAGAUACCUGAAAUGGAAAGAAUCAACAGUAAACACAAAAGAAAAGUCCACUCUUCUGGAACUUUUGAUCUCAAUGUCAGCUUUCAGCUUUUGCACCAACGUGGACAAGUAGAGGUGCUCAGAAGAGACAACUUGGAAACUCCAUCUGCUGAGGGAGAUUGUGUGAUAAGAUCGCAAGGUCCAGAACAGCUACUGAGUAGACCUUGUGACUUUACAUACUGAGGAAGGAAAGACCUUGAGGAUCCAGUACAAAAUUACCAAACUUCAGAUCAAAUUCGGUCUUGGUUUCGAACCUUGGCCGUCCCAUGCCUUCUGUGUGGAGUUUGCAUGUUCUCCCUGUGUCUGCGUGGGUUCUCUCCGGGUGCUCUGGCUUCCUCUCACAGUCCAAAGACAUGCAGUCUCCUGCUUACCGCCACCUUGGUGCCGCGCACCAGCCGGGCAGCAGACUUCCCCGUCAACUCACACCAGAGGUGGGACGCAAGAGGACCCUACUCUUUGGGAUCUGAAUCUGGUACCCCCACCUCCUGCCCUAUAAAACUGAGACCCUCAGGCCAGUGUGGGAGCUCCGGAGCCGGGGCAGAGGAGGGGGAUGACUGCCCUUACCAGCUCACCCUGCCUCCCCUCACUAUCCAGCUACCCAAGCAGUUCAGGCUGCUGGAGAAGACGAUGAAGGAGCUGCAGAGCCUGAAAGAGGUGGUCAACAAGCUGAAGAGCGGGUGCCAGGAGUGUCGUGGGGCACGGGGCAAUGGACCUUUGGGACAUCAGCAAGCUGACCAGGGACAGGCGCAGGUUCAGAGGGAUGCUGGGGAAGAAGGGAGACUAGACCUGACAGGACAGGAGGUGCAAGGUGGGUCCAGCCAAGAGGAGAGGGGAGAUGGGAUGGUCCCUGGAGCUACUGUGGAGCUUGCUGGACCGGGGCAAAGUUCUGCUCUUGGGAAAAUUACACCGAGCCCCAGCACUAUGCAGGAGAUGCAGGUGAAGCUGAAUAAGAUGUCUACCAGCCUGCGCAACGCCAGGAACCAGAUCUCAGCUAUGCAGGGUCGUCUGGAGGGGCUCAACCUGCUCAACAUGGACAACGUACAGGCUAUGGUGGACAGGCGGGUGGAGAACAUCAGUGGAGUAGUCAACAAGCUCAGCUCCACCUGCACUACCGCAUGUCCAGUACAGAACGCCCCUCAGUUCAUCUUAGCCCCUCGGGACUGUUCAGACUACAAUGUGCUAGAGGUGAGGAAGAACGGCGUGUAUCGUGUGACCCCUGAUCCUCGAAACGGGACAUUUGAGGUCUUCUGUGACAUGGAGUCGUUUGGAGGUGGAUGGACCGUGAUACAGCAACGACUCGAUGGGUCUGUCAGUUUUAACCGCACCUGGGCCGAGUAUAAGAAAGGCUUUGGGAACAUCAGAGGGGAGUUCUGGCUGGGCAAUGACCAUAUUCACUUGAUGACAAAAGCCAAAGACAUGAUCCUGCGUAUUGAGUUGGAGGACUUUGAGGGUGUUCGGGAGUAUGCAAAGUACGACCAGUUCUAUGUGGCCAAUGAAUUCCUACGCUACCGGCUGUCUAUCAGUGGAUACAGUGGGACCGCUGGGAACGCCAUCAGUUUCAACAAGCACUUCAACCAUGACCAGAAGUUUUUCUCCACACCUGACCGCGACAACGACAUGUACCCCUCCGGAAACUGCGGCGCCUACUACAGCUCCGGCUGGUGGUUCGAUGCCUGCAUGUCCGCCAACCUCAAUGGGAAGUACUAUCACAAGAGGUACAAGGGGGUCAGGAACGGGAUCUUCUGGGGAACAUGGCACAACAUGUCGACAGAGUACUACCCUACCAACUACAGGCAGGCCUUCAAAACUGUCAAGAUGAUGAUACGGCCCAAGAACUAUGCUCCCUAAGAGGACAGGUAAAGAUUUACUAGGAUAGUCAGGUGGAACAAACAAAGACAGAAAAUGGAAGAACAAGUAGACUCAGAAACUCUUACACAUAGUCAUGCGUUUGCACACAUUUACACAUGCAUACGUGUACACCGAAAAAGACCAUAAACCCUAUAGACAGUUUGAAUGGAGUAAUAACAAAAGUAAUUGUGAAAAAAAUUAACUGUGCUAUUACUUUUUUUCCACUGUGGUGAGUGUGGCCUUCAAAUUGUUGGAUUAAAAUUAUGAUAAUAAAAGACAAUGGACUAUGAAUGAUGAUGGACCGAUAAAAAAAACGUAAAUGCAAUGUAAAGGCCAGCCUCCUAUAGGGGCCAUAAUAUUAAACGGAGGGUUACCAUAGGAGAUUUUUCACUGUUUCUCUGACAUUUCUCCAAUUUCUGUCCUGCUGCCUCCUGCUAUAAACCCAGCGGACACACCGCACAGCACACAGUAGUAGUAAAAACUAAUGAGCUAUCAUUUCCCCUGCUCUAAAUGGAUUAAUAAUUAACAGCAGCCAUUCAAGUGAGGUAUAUGAGAGCUAAUGAUACAGUUUUGAGUGGGCCUGAAAUGCAUCGCGAAAGACUUCAUCCUGGGGUCAGAGUCAAACUGUUUAAAAUGAAAAACUACAGGAAGCAAUAUACACCACGCUUUGGGCAGGAGUGCACAAGUAAUAGCUUCUGUGCGGUUUAUCUAAUUACACUGGGACACUCUGCUAAUGUAUCAUCAUCCUAUACAAUAUAAAACACCCCAGUAUAAAUAAACAGUCUGAGAUACAUUUCUAUUGAAUCAUUCCUGAGUACAUUCUACAUUAUUGAUGCUUUAGUAAAUUCUUCUUGACAGCAGCCAUGGAGCAGGGCACUGCUGCAAGAAGAAAAUAGUCCAAUUGUUUUUCCACCCUUAUCUCUGGGUGCACUGAAUCACUGCACGUCUCUUGAUUCCAUACACCAGUUUUCACAUGUAAAAUAAAAUUCCUCCCUGACUCACCACUUGUACAAUACUGCUACCUAAUGUUAGAUAACUGUAUUGCAUCAUUUAAUCCAUUCUAUACACACUGUGAAUGAGAAGGAUGGGGAAAGAAAUGUUUCACUUUGAGGACGUGUACAGUAUUUAUUUUAAUUCGUGAGGAAUGAUAGCUUUUAUAUAAAACAUAGGUCAAGGUUUAAUGAUUGUUGAUAUUUGAGAAAUGAUAAGGACGGUGCAUUCUUGUGACCAUUCAUAGUAAUUAUGUGUGUAUUUGGAGCUUUGUGUGUGUACAAUAUUGAUCUUUUCUAUCAUUAAUAUUCAACUGUCAUGCCAAAAGAUAUGCACUUUUUAUAUCAAAAAAUUAAUAAAGUUCUAACUACAUGGCUGUGUACAUUGCAGUGUUUGGAAGUUUUAAAUAAUAUGGAUGCCUGCUCAUCUUUAAAAGAAUAUUCUGUAUAGGAUUUAGUUUUCAAUGACUGUAUACAAAAAGGUAUACAGGUUUAGCAUGAGUAUCCAUUAGUAUAAAUCUAUAGAAUCCAGGGCUACUUGACGCCUGUAAAAACAGAAGGUUCGAGGUGCUGCAUGCCCAUAAUAAAUGGGUUAAUGAGGUGUUGACACAAUAAGCAACUCAAUAAAAGAGUUUAUUUGAAUUUCACAGAGGAUAAAUGAUCAAACUUUGGACCUGUGACUUUAAUGUCUGUUUACUGUAUGUGACGAUCAAGUUAAUAAAAAAAUACUGUCCUCAUCCACAUGAUGA